AUGGACACGUUCGCCUACCAGCCACCCAACACCCACUCGCCAGGCCGGUACGCCAACUCUCCCUCGGCCGGACCCGCCGACCCCUCCUCGUCCUCCUUCGCACCCCGCCCAGGCUCGUCCUCUGGCGCGCACGCGUCGGGAGGGUUCACAGCGACUCUCCCGCCGCUGCAGGAACAUGCGUCGACGGACGUGAGCGGCGCGAAUGGGUCGGGUGCGGUGGGAGGAACGAGGCCGACGCUCGUCGAGUUUGAGCAGCUCGCGGGGGAAGAUGCGUUUGGCGGGAUUGGCGGUGACGCGGGCGACGGAGUAAACGGGCAGAGCGGGUUUGCAGGCGCGGCGAGCGGGGUUGGCUUCCGUGACCCGUUUGGGAGACCAGGUUCGACGGGCGGGCAAGCGCAAGCGGGUGCGGGCGGCGGGAUGUUUGCGGCAGGCUUGAACGGCGCAUCGUCGCAGUCCCCUUCGCACGCAUACUUCAACCCGCAGACGAUCAAUCCGAGCGUCAACACCCGCAACACCCGCCCGAUGACGGCUCCCUCGGGACACGGCUACAUCGGCUCGCACUCGUACUCUGCCGCUCCGUCGAACUUUUACGCACCCGCACAGCCGACUGGUCCACCUGGCGUCUUCGACUCGUUCCACGGCGCACCGCCUCACACCGCCGUCCCUCCCGGCCCUUCCUCGUUCCAGUACCAAGUCGACUCGAACCCGCACGCGGCCGAAUUCGACUCGUACCGCGCGAGAGGGUUCAGUUUGCCCGACGUCAACGGCAACACGCUGGGGAUGGGCGUCGACCCGCUCGUCCAGGUGAACGAGGGGACCUCUCCGCCCUCGAGCACGCCGUUCUUCUACACCCCUCCGGCGGUACAGACCGUCCGACCGAUGACGACAGGCGGGAUGUUCUACCCCGCUGUGCUCGACCCGCACGCGUCAGCCGUUAUGCCCGCCCCACUCAUGGGCGCACCAGGCUCGGUCCUCCCUCCCGGCGUUCCCUUCGGCCCCUACUCCUCCGACACCAGUCGACCCGGCUCGUCCUCCGGUGCGGCGAUCACAGCCCGCCGACGAUCCUCAGGCGGUACGACAGCGCAAGCAGCGAGCGGCAAGCAGUACAACUUUGUCCAGCAGGGCGGCCAGGUGACGAAGCGGCCUCGACGGCGGUACGACGAGAUUGAGCGCAUGUACAACUGCGACUAUCCGGGAUGUACGAAGGCGUACGGAACUUUGAACCACCUCAACUCGCACAAGACGAUGCAGAAGCAUGGGCCCAAGUCGACGCCUGCCCGUAGUUCAAGGAGAUUCGCAAGGCAUGGCGAGAGCGGAAGAAGGCCGAGGCAGCAGCCGCAGCUCGCGCGCAAGCUGCCGGUCCUCCUCAACACCGAGGCCAGGGUCCCGUUCCGAACGGUGCCGUUCCGCCACUCGUCCCCAUCCCUGGCUCUGCGACCGACCGACCUCGACCCUCGACGUCGGCGGGCGAGUAUCAUGUCACGAUGGCUGCGCCGUACAUGUCGGCUGGAGGGGCGCCGUCCGUCUUGCCGUACGACGCUGCGGCUGGACCGACAGCUUCGACGCUGCCCCUCGCUCGCGGACAGCUUGUCGGCCCGCUCGACGCGCAACUCGGGAUGUACGGAGGUCAGGUCCCGUCGACUUUCGGCGGUCCGUUCGACUCCUUCAGCAACAGCGCCAACCGACCCGUCACCGCUCCCUCGUACUACGUCGCCCCCUCCUUCGGCUCCAUACCGCCUCAUCACCCACUUGCGACCCAGUCAACCGCCUCUCAUCAACCUUCCCCUCUCGGUCCCGGCACGACCUCUGCCUCCGCGCGGUACAUGA